AUGGAUGAAGGUGUUUUCGGAAUUGCUCAUUCCGAAUUAAUUGCAAAGGAGGACAUGCAACAACUUUUUGAACACGAAGAAUUGGGCAUCGCUGUCAUUCAUACAUACAUAUGGUAUAUGUAUGACACAUUGAUGCGGGGAACUGAAUUGUGUAACCGAUUCAAUUUUAUUGCUGCUUCCCGUAUCAACACAACGUUUAUAACGAAAAAUCCAACAUCCGUAAUGAAUGAACUAGUCGAUAGAUUCAUGGUGGCCGGCGAUAAUACUACACCCAGUUUGUAUUUUUUACCGUUUAAUUCUGGCAACGGUGGUCACUGGGUGUUGGUUGCUAUGGAUCUUUCGAGACUAAUGGUGUAUUAUCUCGAUUCGUUACCGGGUAAUUGGAGUAAAUAUCCGAGUAUGAAGAAGACGGUUGACGCGGCAAUACUAAAAUUUAGAUCGAAAAAGAAUUAUCGUAAUAGGAAGGACAUUACCUGGGUCAGAAUGUUUAAGGUGAAGGUUGAGAGACAGAGUGGUCAAAAGAUGAAAAUUCUCAAAACUGGCGUGGAGGAUAUGAAGAUCAAGGUGAGAAAGCCUGUAAGAUUGAUGAUUGACAAUAAAUCAGCUAUAAGUCUUUCCAAGACUACAAAGUUGCAUGUAAGGAGCAAGGACAUUGACACGAAGUUCCACUUUCUGCAUAAUCAGGUUCAGAAUGGAGUGCUUGAAAUUAUUCACUGUAGCACUCAUAAGCAACUUGCAGAUGUGCUGACUAAAGCUAUCAAGACUGAAUAUUUUAUCUAUUUGAGGGAUGUAAUUGGGGUGGCUGAUUUUAAUAUUGAAUGUGGAUUAAGGAUUGGUGUUAAAGUGUAA